UAUUGGAUUGUCAUGCUGUCCGUCAGACGUGCUAUUACGUAUGCUACGGGUUUAGUUCAAGUCUAGUCAGCUGUCUAGUUAGUCUUAUUUGUUGCUUAAUAAACAUCGCAUUUGGAAAUGUUUCGAAGAAAACUUACAGCUUUGGACUACCACAAUCCCUCUGGUUUUAACUGCAAAGAUGAAACGGAAUUCAGGAAUUUCAUAGUUUGGCUGGAAGACCAAAAAAUAAGACAUUACAGAAUUGAAGACCGGGGCAACCUUAGGAACAUACAUAGUGCUGAAUGGCCUAAGUUUUUUGAGAAGUAUGUGCAAGAUGUGAAGUGUCCUUUUCAAGUCCAAGACAGACAAGAAACUGUUGACUGGCUGCUUGGCCUGGCUGUCCGAUUGGAAUAUGGAGAUAAUGUUGAAAGAUAUAGGAAUUGCAAACCGGACAUUGUGAAAAAUCAGGACAAAGCCACUGAUCCACUCAUAAACCUCGACAGCAACAGUCCAGAUUUCAAGGCUGGUGUGAUGGCCCUUGCCAAUCUCUUGCAGAUUCAACGCCACGAUGACUAUCUAGUGAUGCUGAAGGCUGUUCGGAUUCUGAUUCAAGAACGGCUAACAUCUGAAGCAAUAGCUAAGGCUAGUGCUGCUAAAGAGGGCUUACCAGUUUCUUUGGAUAAGCACAUCCUAGGUUUUGAUACAGGCGAUGCCACUCUGAAUGAAGCUGCAAAGAUUUUACGGCUGUUGCACAUUGAGGAGCUGCGAGACUUGCAGACACGGAUCAAUGAGGCUAUCGUAGCUGUCCAGUCGAUCAUUGCUGAUCCCAAGACUGACCAUCGUUUAGGAAAAGUGGGCAGAUGAUGUAUUUGCCUUUCUGCUGUCCUUUCCAUGCUUCUGUGUGGUGAUUUCUACAUAUAAAUUCUUUCCAGCCUCCUGAUUCAUGAAAACUUGUGGCUUAUUUCUGCUUUCUGUGGUUGUAUUUUUGUUGCCAACUUGAAGCCAACACAAUUUGAUUAAAAUAUGUGUAAAAGAA